UUCAUGAGCGCGCUUCCGCCAGAGCGUGAUUGAUCUUCAUGGCUGCUCUUUCAGUCAGAAAAACAGCGAUAUCUUCGAGUUUUGUUCGUCUGCACGCUGUUAGUCUUCUGCUCACUGCUCUACAUCUUUAAUCAGCUCGUGUCGUCUCUGGAGCGCGCGGAUCAUCGGGAGCGAGCGCCGCGGACACGCGCAGCGGACACAGGCCUGAGUGAACGCGCGCAGGAUGACAGGUCUGCUCCUCAGGACCCGGUCCAGCUGGCCGUGGUGGCCUGUGGCUCCAGACUGGAGGAAACACUCGUCAUGCUGAAAUCUGCUGUCCUCUUCAGCCACAGACACUUGUGCUUUCACAUCUUCUCAGAAGACCACCUCCACGCCGGAUUCAGACAGGAGCUGGAGUCGUGGCCGCAGAGGUUUCGCUCGACGUUCAGCUACAGCGUUUAUCCCAUAGUCUUCCCCAGUGAGAACGCCAGAGAGUGGAAGAGACUGUUCAAACCCUGCGCUUCUCAGAGACUCUUCCUCCCCCUGCUUCUGAAGCAGGUGGACUCUGUGCUGUACGUGGACACAGAUGUGCUGUUCCUGCGGCCGCUGGAGGACGUCUGGAGCUUUCUGUCCCGGUUCAACAGCAGUCAGGUGGCAGCCAUGUCCCCGGAGCACGAGGAGCCACGCAUCGGCUGGUACAACCGCUUCGCUCGACACCCGUACUACGGCCAGACCGGCGUCAACUCAGGAGUCAUGCUCAUGAACAUGACCCGCAUCCGACACACACUCUUCAAGGUACAGUCCUCCGGGAUACACACGCAUGAGGACACACACCAUACACAUGCUGUUCUCCUGAAGUGUGUGUAUUUCAGCUCUGCAUCUGUGAACCUGUUAACACCAGAUGGAUAUUUCGGCUCAGCUGAUAGUUAUCCCAUCUGAGACUGUCUUUAAUGGACACUGAGGAGUUAAAGGGGGGGUGAAACGCUAUUUCAUGCAUACUGAGUUUUUUACACUGUUAAAGAGUUGGAUUCCCAUGCUAAACAUG